GUCACAGAAGUCGGAUCCCCCUUUGUAAAUUUAAUUUCUUCUGGUGGAAUCGAAGCAGCAACACUCGUCGUCGACAGGGCAAGGGUUUUAAAGCGAGACCUCUCUCGUCACCCUGUUUGAAAUUGAGCGCCGUAUUUCGAGGUAAACAAGAUCCUUACGCCUUUAGCCCCCUACCAUUCCCUCGUCAGCCAGCGGACAGUUGUUCUUUACGACCUUCAAUGGCGGCGAUGACGAACCCUUGCGAUUCCAGAUAUUCUGAUCCUAACUCUUAUAGGGAGAGGAGAAGUGGCCUAAUGUCGCCACAGCGAUCGAUAGCACCCACGAUGGGGGGAGUAGGUGGUGGAUCUCCUUCAGCUUUCGCCAGCGGAAGAGGGGGUGGAGGGGUUGGGGCCGCUGCCAGCAGGCCGGGUGGGUUUGACAGGUUUCCGACCUUCCAACCUGGCGUCGGCAGAGCGUUUUCUGUUGGCCAAGGUGGUGGAGAACGUGGAGGUAGGGUUUCCUAUCCAGACCGUGGUGGCAGUGGUAUUAGAGGAGGCAGGGAUAGAGGACGUGGACGUGGCGAUAUAAGGGGUCGCGGUGGUGGCAGAGGUUUCGAUGCGGGACGUGGUGGAGGUAGAGCGAGCUUCGGUUGUGGUGGAGGUAGAGGUAGAGACGGUGGGAAUUCCAGAGGGGAUUUGAACAGCAUUGCUCUUCCGAACCAGGAUUUUGGAGGCUUGGUACCGUUUGAGAAAAAUUUUUACGUAGAGAGCCCUGAAGUUCAGGCAAUGACGGAGCAAGAGGUUGGGCUGUACCGUGCAAGGCGUGAGAUCACCGUUGAAGGCUACGAUGUCCCCAAGCCGAUCAGACUAUUUAAUGAGGCGAAUUUUCCGGCGUACUGCCUCGAGGUGAUAGCCAAACUGGGGUUUGUUGAACCUACGCCCAUUCAAUCUCAAGGAUGGCCGAUGGCUUUAAAAGGUAGAGAUUUGAUGGGUGUUGCGGAGACGGGUUCUGGUAAGACGUUGGCAUAUCUGUUGCCUGCGUUAAUACAUGUCAGUGCACAGCCCCGAUUGGUACGAGGUGAAGGACCCAUCGUAUUGGUUUUAGCUCCUACAAGAGAAUUGGCUGUUCAGAUACGAGAAGAAGCUGCCAAAUUCGCUUCACAUUCACAUAUCAGAAGGACUUGCAUAUAUGGUGGUGCCCCUAAGGGGCCACAGAUUCGUGAUCUCCAAGCAGGGGUUGAGAUUGUCAUUGCAACACCUGGUCGAUUGAUUGAUAUGUUGGAAGCUCAAAAUACCAACUUACGGAGAGUAACAUACCUGGUUUUGGAUGAGGCUGACCGAAUGUUAGACAUGGGUUUUGAACCACAGAUCCGGAAAAUUGUAUCCCAAAUUCGGCCAGAUAGACAGACCUUAUAUUGGAGUGCUACAUGGCCCAGGCAGGUGGAGGCCUUGGCUAGGCAGUUCUUAUGUAAUCCCUACAAGGUCAUCAUUGGAUCUCCGAAUUUGAAGGCAAAUCAAUCUAUAAACCAGGUUGUUGAGGUUAUGACAGAGAUGGAAAAGUAUAAUAGGCUGAUCAAACUGCUUACAGAAAUGAUGGAUGGAAGCCGAAUCAUUGUAUUUCUGCAGACAAAAAAAGGAUGUGAUAAGGUCACACGGCAACUGAGGAUGGAUGGAUGGCCAGCUCUAUCCAUCCAUGGUGAUAAAAACCAGGCUGAAAGGGAUCGGGUUCUAUCUGCGUUCAAAAGUGGUAGAAGUCCUAUAAUGACUGCCACUGAUGUAGCUGCACGUGGUCUUGGUAGGAUCACUAUGUGUUUGGGUGUCUUACUUGUCUUCAUUAUGUCUGUUCGUGAGUCGGUAGGCUGCUGUCCAGUUUCCCAAAUGUAAUGUUGUUUGGUGGGUGAGGGGAAUCCAUAUCAUAUAGAGAUUAUAUAACUCAGCCUUAUCUGAACUAUAUGGGGUCAGCUAUAUAGAUACUUAUCCUCCAAUCAGCUUUGUUUGAUGUCAUACUUGAUACAAGGUCUAAGUUAUGCAUGUCUUUCCUCACUUCUCCGAAAGUCAUUUUAUGCUUCCCCUGGCUCUUUUUCCUUCUUUAAUCUGAAUCAAAUCACUCCUCCAUACUGGAGCAUCUAAAGGCCUCUGUUGAGUAUGAUCAUGACACCUCAAGAGAAUUUCUCAUAGCUUAUCAUGUAUCAAAGCUACUCCCAAAUCAGCUCUAAUAUGAUCAUUUCUUACGUUAUCCUUUAUAGUUUUGUCACACAUCCAUUUCAACAUCCUCAUCUCAGCUACAUUGAGUUUAUCUAUAUGAUACUUCUUAGCUGCCCAACAUUUUUGCACCAUAUAUAUGAUUGUGCAAAAUAACAUUUCUACAUCAUAUGACAGCCGGUCGUAUGACUAUCCUUUAGUUUUAAAGGAAUACGUCAAUCACACAAAACGCACCUCUCCACUUAAUCCUUCUAACUUUAUUCUUUGUGAGGCAUCAUCCUCUGUAUCACCUUUUUUUAUUGAUGAUUAAGCCUAGAUAGUUAAAAUAAUCAUUUUGCGGAAUCUCCCUUCCGUCAAUUUUCACCACCUCAUUAUCCGUCCUAGCGUAAAUAAAGCUACACCACUAUAUACUCCGUUUUAAUUCUACUCAUCUUAAACCUUUUGAUUCCAAGGUUGAUCUCUGUAACUCUAACUUGGCAAAAGAUCCUUGCUUUUGUCUCAUAUGCAAAAACAAUAUCAUCUGUAGAAAAACGUAUACCAAGGACCCUCAUCUUGAUUGUCUUUGCUUAAGUCAUCUAUAAUAAGUGCAAAUAAAUAAGGGCUUAAAGUUGAUCCUUGAUGUUAUCCAAUUGUAAUUGAGAAUUAAUUAGCUUGACCCUUGCAUAGUUCUUACACACCAUUAUACAUAUCUUUAAUUAUGUCCACAUAUUUUUUUGAAACACUCAUCUUUUCUAGUACUUGUUAGAUUAACUCUCUUGAGACUUUUUCAUAAGAUUUUUCUAGGUUAAUAUGAAGAUCCUUUUUGCAAUCUCUAAAUCUUUUUGAGUCUCCAAAAUAAGUACAUAGCUUAUGUCGUGGAACUUUUUGGCAAAAAACCAAAUGGGUUCUCUUAUAAUAUAGUUUUUUUUUUGUCUCAAGUGAGUUUCAUUUACUAUUUUCUAUAAUUUCAUAGUAUGACUCGUUAGUUUUUUGUCUCUAUAGUUAUUGUAGCUCUGAAUAUCACCCUUUUUUUUAUAAAUUGGAACCUCGACGCUUCUCUUUCAUUUGCUCAUAAUCUUAUUAAACAGCUUGUGUAGCCAAGAUAAACUUUAGAUUCCUAAACUCUUCCGCAUUUCUAUUGGGACCGUAUUUGGAUCUUGUGCCUUGCGGUCUUGCCUACUUUCAUCCUCUUUUGAGCUUCUUUUACUUUAAGCUUCCUAAUUUUUACGUAUAUUUUUAUGACGUGGUAUUUUGAUAGGUAAUAUAGCUUUUGGGACAAUAUUACUCAAAAUGUCUUCAUUUAGUAGGUGUUAGAAGUAAUCUUUGCUUCUCUCCUUAAUGUUUACAUCGCUUAUUAUUACUUUAUCAUCUUCACUUUUAAUACAUCUUACAUGGUCAUAAACUCUACUCUUCUUUUUUCUCAUUUUAGUUAUUUAAUGGAUAAUUUUUUCUUUCCCUUGUGCUCAGAUUGCUAUAAACAUCUUCAUAUUUCUUCGCUCUUGUUUUUUCCACAAUAUUUUUAGCUUUAUUUUUUGUUAUGUUAUACCUUUUUAGAUCCUAUACAUCCUUUGUCCUUUCAAACAACAACAAACUCAACCUUACCCCAAUUAAAUGGGGUGGGCUAUAUGGAUCCGUUUAAAAUAAAUUAGGGAAAACUAAUGUCCGCAGAAAUGAAUGCUUUUUUAGAUCCUCUACAUCGUUGGUCCUUUUCCAUGUCUUAAAACUAACUUUGUUAGCCUUAAUGGCUGCUUGAACCUCAUCAUCCCACCACCCAAGUCUCCCUAGAGGAAUGACGUUCUCCUUUUGAUUUUCCUAAGACAUCUUUAACAACCUUCUUAAUGCAAGCAAUCAUCAUGUUUUACAUCAUAUUAGUGUCUCCAUCGAAGUCCCACUUUCCUUUUUUAACCAAUAUAUCAGAAAAUGAUUCUAAAAUACCUCCUUUUAAGUUCCACCACCUUAUCCUAAGGUCAAAUUAGCUUACAUUUCUUACGAUUUGGUGUAAUGAGACAUUCACCAUGACCACUAAUUUAUUUUGAGUGGGUGGGCUCUCCCUUGAUAUAACCUUCUAGUUAGAAAGAAAUCUAUUUGGCUACUGUGGUGCCCACUUCUAAAGGUAAUUGUAAUGCUCCUCUCUUUUCAAAGUAUGUGUUCACAAUUGAGAAAUCAUAACACAAUGUAAAAUUAAAGUCUCUUCAUUACUUUCUCCAAAAUCAUAUCCUCCAUGUACACCUUCAUAGCCUCUACAACCUCUCCCAAUAUGUCCAUUCAGGUCACCCCUAAUUAAUAUUAUCCCUUGGCUAAAACCUUGCAUUAAUUCGUUCAUGUGUUCCCAAAUGUAACUUACAACUUUCAUCCAAUCCUACUUGGGGUGCGUAAACAAUAAAUUCUAUUUACAAUCCUUUCUCCAACACAAGUUUGAUGGAUGUAAUCCUAUCACCAAAUCUUUUACCAUCCAACAUAGCAUUCCUUAAAUUUUUACCCACUACUAUGCCCUCUCCACUUUUAUUACUUUUAUCCCUUGUAUACUAAAGUGUAAAGCCAUCCAACUCGGCUUUUUGACCCUUCCAUCUGGUUUUUUGAAGAAUACAAGCUAUGUUAAUCCUU